AUGGCCAACAACACGGCUCCCGGCGGACAACUCACCACUACCACGGACGUCGAGAACUUCCCUGGCUUUCCCAAUGGAAUCAGCGGCUCCGAGCUCAUGGACAGCAUGCGUGCCCAAUCCAUCCGUUUCGGCACGGAUAUCAUCACUGAAACUGUUUCGCGCAUUGACCUGUCCUCGCGCCCCUUCAAGCUAUGGAAAGAAUAUGCUGAUGGGCCUAACGAUGGGCCCGCACACACCACUGAUGCGAUUAUCAUUGCCACGGGCGCUAAUGCCCGCCGUCUCGAUUUGCCCGGUGAGGAGCGGUAUUGGCAAAAUGGCAUCAGUGCGUGCGCAGUGUGUGACGGAGCUGUGCCUAUUUUCCGCAACAAGCCAUUGUUCGUGAUUGGCGGCGGGGAUUCGGCUGCGGAGGAAGCUAUGUUUCUUACGAAGUAUGGGAGUAAGGUGACCGUGUUGGUGCGAAAGGAUAAAUUGCGCGCCAGCAAGACUAUGGCGAAGAGGUUGUUGGCAAACCCCAAGGUUGAGGUGAAGUUUAACACCGUUGCGCUCGAAGUCCUGGGCGAUCCUGCGCCACGCGGACUCAUGACACAUUUGAAGAUUAAGGAUGUUGUCUCCGGAGCCGAGGAGGUAGUGCCCGCCAAUGGACUUUUUUACGCCGUAGGACACGACCCUGCAACAGCACUGGUUAAGGGACAGAUAGAGACGGACUCGGAGGGCUAUAUUGUUACAAAGCCCGGAACGAGUUAUACGAGUGUCCCUGGCGUAUUUGCUGCGGGCGAUGUGCAGGAUAAGAGAUAUAGGCAGGCGAUUACAAGUGCGGGAUCUGGCUGUAUCGCUGCGCUUGAAGCUGAAAAGUUCUUAGCGGAGUCCGAAGGGGGUCACGAACCACCUCUCGUUACCUCGACUCUCGAACAAUCGACAAUUCAAGGAAGGCAAGGUGCUCCAUCAUUGGAGUAUUCGUCGAAUCCUCUGCUUUGA